AGCUGCCAGUCGGCUGUGCAUAUCAUGACCAGGAUCUAUGCGUGGGCCUUUUAAAGCCGCAUAAGUGGGAUCGUGGACGUGUGAGUGCAGCGAAAUUCUCUCCGCUGGCCUUAAGCUCAGAGCAGGAGGAGGCCAAUUGUGUUGACACAUUGUUGGACGUUGACGAACAAGCUGCGCACACCCAUCUUCAUCGCCCACCGCCAGAGGGUUCUCAAGGUCUGCACCCUCUCGAUGCCCGAGCCGAAGCUGCUACCGUCGCUCGGCAUUACCUUCCUUCUGUGCUAUGUGGCGCUCAGUAGAGCGCGAGGUGGGGGCGCGAGCAGGCUUUCAUCGCGUUCGCACCGAAGCAGCAGCAGUAGGCAGAAGCCGAGAAAGAGAGGCGGUGCGGACGGAGGAUCGGAGCAGCAAUGUCAAGGUUUCCUCGACCUCAUCCGCAACGAGUCUCAGCUUCGUCAUGAGCAGCGACAGACAAAGCCGUCCUUGACCAGGAAACAACUCGGCGAGGGGCGAUUGGUGGUGGUGAUCAUAGGGCCAGCGAGUACUGGCGUCCAUCAGAGCUACGUCGUCGAGAAACUGCUGCGGUACCUGCGAUGGUCCAACUUGAUAAGGCGACACUUCCUGAUGACGCCCGACGACCUAGGGUCGACGGCGAGGGAUGUGGCGUCUAGCUCCGCGCCUAGGGACAACCUGACCGAGCUCUCCAGCAGCCGCAACAGAGAAAAUGGGUGCCACACUCGCUCGACGGGGAACGUUCUGGACACCGGUGCCACGCCCGGGGGGAAGAACGGGUCGCUGACCAAUGGGAAUGGGCACGGGAGCGGCGGGAAAAACGGGGACAGAAAACGCGGCACCCCAGCCGUGCGGCAGACCCACGGCUACACAUACAGCGAUAGAGGGAAAGCCGCGGCGUUGGAGACGAUCGCGGCCCAAGAGUCCGUGAAGAAAGUGGCGGCGUGGCUGAACGGGCUGAGCGCAGGGGGGGUGGCGGUCGUGGAAGCACGGGUCCGACGGCAGGGGUAUAGAGGGGGCCGAACCCCUCCAACCAAGAACCAACGCCUGGAGACCGCGGGCCCCGACGUGGGCGUCCUGUGGGUGGAAGUCCUUCCGUCGGGACUGUACCACCACGGCAGCAGUAGCUGCAGCAACGGCGGCAGCAACACCGGCGCGGAUGAUCCACUGCGAUCGCCGACCCUGCUGCCCCACUCCUUGCCUCUGGUUAAGCACACCGGGGGCUCCGGUCACCCGCAAACGGCGGCGGCGCAUCGUUCUAGCGGGAGCACAGCGACAGAGGCGGCGAGGAGCACCGACAACGGCGUGGGGGGGGCGUGGAAAUCGAUCAACGGGCUCGCCCGCGGCGUGCCCAAGGGGCCCGGCGGGAACGUCGUGGACACGUUUCUCCAGUCGGGUAGCCUUGUCGGCGCCGGGGGGCACGUGAUAUACGAGUCGGUGAGGAGGGGGGUGAGGGGCGGCGCCGGCGCCGGCGCCGGCAAGGGCAAGAGCUGCUUCGUUAGCUUGGCGGAUCAGGGACUGGACGUGCAGAGCCAGCUAGAAGACAAGGCAUGUCCAUUGGUUGAGCGUGUUGGGACCUUCGCGGGGGCCCUACGGAUGAAGAAAUCAUGGCACGAAUGCCCGGUGUAUCUCACCCGGCACGGGGAAUCCCUCGGGAACCAGACCAAGUCCAUGGGGGGCGACGGAAACCUUUCCGAGACGGGCGACCGGUAUGCCGGCGUUUUGGCGGACUUUGUGGCGGCGCAACUGGGCGCGGGGCAGAGCCGCCUGUUGGUGUGGUGCUCGCCGAUGAAACGAGCGGCACAGACGGCCAGAGCGGCAAGUGUGAAAUGCCACCGGUAUACCCAGUGGCAAGCACUGACAGAACUGGACACAGGCAUCUUCAACGGCUGCUCCUACAAGCAGGUCGAGAGGGAUUACCCCGAAGAGUUCACCGCAAGAGAGGUCGACAAGCUGUGCUACCGCUACCCGGAAGGGGAGGGGUACCUCGACGUCGUGCACAGGCUAGACCCGGUGGUCGUCGCCCUGGAGAAGGAAGACCGUCCCGUGAUCGUCGUUUCUCACCAGGCGGUUCUCCGUUGCCUGUAUGCCUACUUCCACGACAUCUCCCUCCGAGAGAUGCCCCGGAUUCCCAUCUCCCUCCACACCGUCGUCAAGCUCACCCCGGUCGACUAUCACCCGGAGGCAUCGGCGCCGGCCGCGGCGGCGGGGGCGGCGGGAGGGGGGGCGCGGUUCUGGAAGGAGCUUCGCUUUGAGCUGAUAAAGCAGACGCCCUUGCAACACCUCGUGGAAGCGGCGGCAGUCAGCGGCGGCAUAAACAGCCGAACGUCGUCGCAGCUUGGGGAGAGGUUGUCCUGAGCAGGAACAUGUCGAAGCGUUAAAGUGAAAUUUCCAGGAAUUUUCGAGAUCUGUUGUUUGGCGACGAAAACAACCAAGAGUUUCGCCGAUACAAAACAGGGGAGUUUUUGUUUCAUGUGUCGUUUCCCGGUGUGCCUCUCUCACUAUCUAUUCGAAAUGAUGGGAAGUGUGAAAAGAGGGAAUCGUCCUCGACAGACGUCGGGGAGAUUAUACCUUUACGAAGGUCUCCACAGAAGAGUAUCUCUGAAAGUGCUUGCUUGUUGUGAUUUUCAUCAUGAAUUUUACGUCCGGAAAUCGGUUUGGGUCUAGUCUGGCUUUGGUCUUCGGUGUUUUUGGAUGGAGGGCGGGAGUUGGUGACAAGACCGAGUGCUUGCAACGGGCUCAUGUGAGUGAUAACUUCUCGAGGGGUAGAGCACCCGGCCGUCGAAGGUGCCCAUUCUUGCUGAUUGCCGUGAUGGCGGGACAGAGAGCGACUCGGUUCGACCGCCAUUCGAAGUUGGGGGCGAUUGUUUCUCUCAAGAACAGGGUCUCGUGGUUGCUACAACAACCUGGCGCGUGCACAUGAGAAACGCGUUCGAUGGCGGACACACAGGGCUUAUUGGCGUGAGGCUUUUCGCGUGCGACAUGUUUGGGGGGUGAAAAUGUUGAGAGUUGUGUGGUAUCGGCCUCCGAAUAUUCGGUGCAAAGAAAUCGAUCCAAAACAUCAUGCUGAGUGUUUCUUGUUUGUGCGGGAUGUUUACGGGGGGUUGGACGCUGCUGUGCGGGAAAGUGUGUUCUGACAGUGGUACGAACGAGCCGCAAUAUAUCAAUCCAAGACUGGGUGCUGUUGUCGGUGUUCACCUGGCUGUGCUGUGGCGCAUGUAUGCUUGAGGGGAUCUCGUGGGAGCUGGACCGGUUGGUCAUGCUGUUUCCUCUUGAUGCUUCUGUUUUACCAGAGUUGUGUGUGUGUCCGUGGUCCCUUAAUUUUGUCUUGAGGAGGCGUUAUUUUAGGAGCGAACGUUGAACAUUUUCGGAUCUAUCUCGACGGGAGUAUAGUUGUAGUAUCAAUUUUUCUUGUUGAGUGAGCGCGGUCCGUUGGGCUUCUGUCGUUGUGCUUCUUUCUGUGUGCGUGGUGAAUCAGAGAAGUAUCCUGCUAGAGCCAUCCCCAAGAUGUUGGACGCUGGCAGCUACACGUAUCUUUGAGCUGGCAACCCAACCCAGCAGGAGGGAGAAAAAAGCAGUAUCAGGAUGACGCUCGUCGCGUGGAUUUGUGGUAACAGUCUUCGUUGUUUUGUUCAUCUUCUGGGGUUCGUUGCCAUAGAUAUCAGGUGCCUUGCUGCUGCUGCUGCUGUCAUUGCAAGCAGUGUGUGUGUGGUUGAAAAUGUGUUUUGUUGGUUGUUAGACUUUUUUUUUUCAUGGUGUUCUUUGCCUGGUUCGGUGUUGGUUAGAAAUGCACCGAGAGUGAAGUAAAGGCGGGCAAUGAUGGAUCGGAGGGGGGAGAAGCGACUACUUGUUUUUGUUUUGUUAUGACCCAACGAGUCCGUCUCUAUCAAUGAAAGAGUCGUAAGUAGAUUAACAAUGAAUCCAUAGCGUUAGCGAAAGUUUAGUUUUCCACUAUAUCUUUUAUGUUUUUUGCAUGCUUUUGUUCGACCUUUGACCAGGCGUGCGUGCGCGUCCUCGAGAGGACGGAGCGUUGUUCUCCCAGGACCGAUCACCGAUGGGCAAUCGUUCCUUCCUACUUUGCAAAAGGCGGCUGAAAAAAUAUGUUCCCUAAAUGAUCGUAUCUAUUAAAAUAUCUGUCCCGUCGAUAUCACUUUCCGCCUUUUCCAUGAGAGGGGAGAGAGAGAGGUUACACGUUUUUUUGCUUUGGCCCCGUCCCACCGGCGAGACGGAGCUAUUUGUGCCAAAAAACUGAGAGACAACGGUAGUUUACCUGUCCGACUAGUGAUGGUGCUGUUGUCGUCACACACAUAUGAAUCUACGGCAUGCCUGGCGGCACUGCUUGAGAACCUCCAAUUUUGGGCGGUACUUCUGUGUGGAGGUAUGGACAGCAACAGCAAUACCCAUGUCUGCACAGAGCGACGACGAGUUUGCGCUGGAUCCCAGGGCCCCGCGUGCACAAACGGGGCCAGGUGUGAGGUUAAUCACACGGGGGUUCCUUCCCGUCGCAACCAUACAGCAUUGCUGGACAGCCAAACAGCUGCAGCAGUGUUGGUGUGAGUCGGCAGGGUCCCGCGGCAAUGCAUGUGGGCAUCAGGCCGCAAGGGAUGCCGGGGUUCCACCCCGCGGCUUCGAGCGCUAGCUACUAUCAACCGGUGCUGUUUUUGCUGGUGGGGCUGCUUCUUGUGCUCCUCCUCCUGGCGCCGUCCCUGUUCCUCGACACUCGUAUCUUUUCGAGAGUCGAGUGCCCUUGGGUUUUCCGGGCGUGGUCCAACAACGCGGGCUGUUGAACGCAAAAACGUGUGUGUGUGGGAUUUUUUUUCACGCUUUUUUGCAAAUUUCAAUGGACCCAAAAAGUCGAACUUCGAACUAUCCGCUUGUUCGAUGUUCGAUGUUCGACUUUUCCAAAAAUUACGUAGGACCCACCCACACACUGGUACCAUAGGUGUGGAGUCUGGCCUUCUUCCCCUCGCUCCCCGACAAGCUUUUGCUUAGACAUGGGUUGUAGCGAAGGGGGGGGUCUUUCUGGCGAGCAGGGCUAGACUCACCCUCAAGGGAUGACCGAAACCUUCUUGCUGCUGCGCAUCCGCCGCGAGGCGUGCGUGUGGUGGUGGAGUUGGGUCGGCACUGAUGGGGUCAGGCGGGAAAAUGUAGAUGCGCGGGCCUUUCUGGCCGUCGGCGUAGGCAGUGAUGCCCAUCUCAUUUUUGUGCGCGGAGGCAGACACCAUCAGAAAGGUGGACGGGCACUACACGGCCCUAGGUUUGCUAGAGGGAGCUGCAUUGCCUCAGUAACCUGGCUUCGCCAUCAAAGGAGGAGGGAGCAGGUGGCGACGAGCUGAACUGGGCUGGUUGACCCCUUCGGCGCGAGAAUUUUUAUUUUUCAGACCAAGAACCUUGAGUGCAAUGAGGGAGAAAGCGAGGAACGGACUGGGAAGGACAGCAACGAGAGCGUGUACGGACGGAGCAGGUCGAGUGGCGUUUUGCUCGGGCUGACUACAGCGGCGCCGGAUGGAGCAAUGGCACCGGAGCAUGCGGGCGACAUCGACCCGUGGCGCACGGACAAACAUUUCUAUCUGUGUUGUCAAUUUUUUUCGUUUUUUUUCUGACUUUCCGUGUUGGUUUUGUGUGAUGACAUCGUCACCGGUUUUGUAGAGAGACCCGUCAGAGAUGGCGUGGCUAACCCGGGUGCAUUGGUUUUGUGCCUGAUCGUGGAAGACCCCUUCAAUGUGGAACGAUUCUUAGCUAGUGUCGAUAUUUUUCACUGCAGUGCCAACACAGACGAUCGGGAGAGAUUCGGGUGAUUGUCAAUUGCUGCUAUGAUGGCUUUGGUUGGUUGUUCUUUUUCACUGUACGGCCGCAGACACAUUCUGACAGCACUUCAGACAGCAGCUUUGUGCCCCGCCAGCUGCUUGUUCCAUGCCUACCAUGGUGUUUUUGUACAGACGGCACUUCAGACAGCAGUAUGCUGUAGUCGGCAAUCUUCCGUUUUGGUAUAGAAUGGGACAGGGGGGUGAUGCUACUCUGUAGUCGAACGGUGGGACGGACGUGCAGUUCAGUUUUUGGGCACGCAUACGGUGCUGCAGGGAUUUUAAGGUGUACCUCUUCGGGCUCUUGGAUACCUUUUUCUCGCUAUAUGUGUGCGUGUUCUUUAGAUCCU